AUGACGACAACGGAGUCAUCUCUGGGUGUUUUAAUACAAAUGUUUGUCAUUUCACCCAUUAUCUCAUGGAUUCUAAAGCCCGGUCGCUUCUCGAAACAGCUUGCUUUUUUCUAUGCUGUUACGUUCCUUGUUGUUGUUGCUGCUAUUACUAUCAGUACAAACGUAUAUGAACAAGAGGCUAAUUUCUACCACAUGAUGGCCGUUGAUCGUGAUGCGUCCUAUGCGGAGAUUAAACGUGCAUUCCGUCAACGUUCCGUCGAGCUUCAUCCGGAUAAAAAUGCGUCGCCUAGUGCUAUGGAAGAAUUCAAUCGUCUUCGACUGGCUUUUGAUAUUUUGGGUGAUGCCAAUAAGCGUCCACUGUAUGAUCUCUUUGGUGAAACUGCUGUGGAAAAGGACAUGUGGUCGAUGCAGAUUGAAGCACUCGUUGGCUCAUUGACGUACUAUGCUAUCUGGGCUGUGCUCACGUUCAUCAUGACGUUAAGUGAGACGGCCCGGGAAGCACGUGCGUGGUCUCUAGCUGCCGGUGUGCUUUGCUUCAUACUAGAGCUCAAUUUCAUCUAUGGCGGUGCUCGUUUGCCCCCUUACUUUUUCCCUAUGAUGACUAUCCACGAUUUCGUUGAAAUAAUGCAUAUGGCAUUUCCACUUUUCAUGAACGGAUGUCGUGCUAUCGGUGGAUACUUCCACCGCGAUUUGGCUCGUGAAAACCUUACGUUGAGUAUUGAGCUGCUGAGAAGCAAUCAGGCUAUUCUGUUAAACUUGCGUCAACUGCAAGGAGAGGUUGCAUCGUUUACUCGUCGCCGUCCGGAGGCCGUCAAGAGCGAGACAAUUCCUGCUGCUGCGAGAAAACGCUUGAAAAUUGAAAAGCGUCCGGCUGCUUUGCCGAGUAGUACCUCUGCACCGGACGAAAGAAGUGCUGCAACUGAAGAAGAACUUGCCAACAUUGCAACUCCGAAGCCGGAAGUACAGAGAGGAGAAAAUGGUUUGGGAAUUCCUCGGUGGGUGUGGGGCGUCGGCAUCUACUUUAUGCUUAGCUACCUGUUCAGCAGCACGUAG